GUUCCACUUCUUUGUAAGAGUAAAAAGAUAUAAGUUAUGUCAUUCAAAAGAAUAAACACUUUUCCCUUGUAACAAUAUAUAAUGCCGGUUUUGAGAGCCGCCUCCUUUGACAUCCAACAAAAAAAAACCUUUGACUGAAGACUUGGAAAUAGAGUGGCCAACCCUCUCAUACAACUAUAUUAAGAGCACUGAAAUUUCCCCAACCAAUGCGGUGUUCAAGUUCAGCUUCUAGCACAUACUUCUCCAAGAUCCUGUUGUUUUGAACUGCAUAUCUAUUCUGAACUCUUUCAAGUUAUCACUGAAAAUUUCAAUUCAGAGAAAUGGAACACGUCAAAGAUCCAUCAAUUUACCGCAAUCCAGUCAUAUUGCAGAGUGAGCAAUUAAAUGAGUAUAUACUGGAAACUGCUAUUUACCCUCGAGAACCAAAGCCUCUCAAAGAGCUGAGGGAUGCCACUCACAAUCACCCUUGGGGCUUCAUAGCUACGUUACCUGAUGCGGGUCAACUAAUCACCUUACUUCUGAAGCUGUUGAAUCCCAAAAAGACAAUAGAAGUGGGAGUGUUUACUGGGUACUCACUUCUCCUCACUGCUCUCAACAUUCCUGAUGAUGGAAAGAUUACAGCCAUAGAUAUUGACAGAAAAGCUUAUGAAGUUGGAUUGCCAGUCAUCAAAAAGGCUGGUGUAGAGCACAAGAUUGAUUUCAUAGAGUCCCCAGCUCUACCAAUUCUUGAUAAACUACUAGAAGAUCCUGCAAACUUAGGAACUUAUGAGUUCGCCUUCAUUGAUGCUGACAAAGAGAACUAUGUGAACUACCAUGAGAGGAUUAUAAAACUGGUCAAGGUUGGUGGGUUACUUAUAUAUGACAAUGUUCUCUGGGGUGGACGUGUUGCUUGGCCUGAAGAGGAAGUUCCACCACACAGCAGAUCAGGGACGCAGGCAGUAAUUGAAUUUAACAAAAGAAUCACAGAAGAUUCUCGUGUUGAAUUUGCUCUUACUUCCGUAGGGGAUGGACUCAGUAUUUGCAGGCGCAUUGCCUGAGCUUUCUUAUGAAGUUGUUUGAUUAUCAGUGUCAUAUGUUUCAUGUACUGCUAUUAUAUAUUUGCUGUAGCUGCUUCCUACUUGAAUAAAAUUGCAUUUUGUGUUCGUAAUAA